AUAAUAUCAAAUCUUUUCAAAUGGCAAUUAUUAGGGCACUGGCCACAUAUCUCAAUCCUUUGUACGUAGUAACACUGUUCGAACAUUGGAUUAUUUGGGGGAAGAUUGAGGUUUCUUUGGUUUUGUAUCACUCAAGAGUCGAGACACUGUAAAUAAAUGCUAGGGAGUAAUUCAUUUGGUUUCGUUUUAGACUGGCCGCCGACUCAGUCUCAGUGCUGAGUAGGAAGGAAGAGAAUGGGUCUGCUGUCGCAGAGAGUCGAGAGAAGUGAAAUAGCAGCGGGCGACCAUAUUUACACUUGGAGAUCCGCCUUUGCUUAUGCUCAUCAUGGAAUAUAUGUUGGUGGCAACAAAGUUGUACAUUUUACAGCAAGUGGAGGAAUUAUGGAAGCUGAGUCAUCACUAUGCCCAAAUAAUAUUCUUGACUGUGGAUUCCAUAAGAGUGAAAAUGGAGUGCUUUUGUCUUGCUUGGACUGUUUCCUGAAGGAAGGAUCAUUGUAUGAAUUUGAGUAUGGCAGUGGUUGUCUGACUUUCCUCACAAAAUUCCGCGGAGGUACAUGCACCACUGCAGAAUCUGAUCCUCCAGAAAGUGUGAUCCACAGGGCCAUGUAUCUACUUCAGAAUGGAUUUGGAAAGUAUGACCUUUUUCAUAGAAACUGUGAAGAUUUUGCCUUGUACUGUAAAACAGGCCUCGUCAUCGUUCAUCAACAAACAAACCAUGCUAUGGGAAGUUCGGGAACAACUGGUCAAGUGGCUAGCGCUCUCCUAGGGGGUGCUUUGGUGGGGGUUGUUGGAAGUUUAUUCAACACAACUACUCCGGUAGGCUUGGGUUUGGGAACAGGGACUUAUUUAGUGAACAGGUAUGGAAAUGACAUUGGUGUUAGGAAAGAUGUGGUCAAGGUGGAUGUUGAGGAUAUUGCUUUGUUCCAUCGCCGUCAGGUGAGUGUUGAAGAUAUUUGUCCCACGAAUGUGAAUGACCCAAAAAAGGGAAUUUCAAAGGAAAGUGCUUUUGAUUGAUUUACUUAUAUAGUAAAUCAAUCAAAGUGUUUUUUGAAAGGAAAAAACACACUUUUAUUGGGAUAUUAGUAUGUGCAUAAGUUUGGACAUUUUUAGGGAGUUCUUAAGAAACCCUUAUCAUAACUGUUUUUUGUUCAAGUAGACAUUAACUGCAUUUCCGAAAUGGAACCAAAUGGAUGAAUUUGAGAGUGAUUGUUGUAACUAGAACUAUGCAGAUGACCUCAAUGAGCAACCUUGUGUUUGUGGCUUCAUGUGCAAAAGAACAGUGAACAAAAUGAUGUUGGUCUUGUUGAAUGGUUUCCAGUGUUCUAAUUGAGGCAGGAUGCAGGAGGCAUAUGGUAGUAAGUAUUAUUCUCUCAAAGUCGUCCUACAUCAUUUGCCCCUUAUACAUGAAUCUGAAUCAGUGAACUAUGGUCUUUUAUCUUGCACUGCCUAGCUUACACACACAGAUUUGGGCAAAUUCUAUUUCUUGAUGAUUUUAAUGGGUGUGAUGUAUAUUAGACUGUUAUUGGAAAACGUAGUAGAUGAAGAAUUUUGUUUUGUGUAGAUCUAUCCUCCUUCAGCUGUAGCCUUUGGUUAUCUUUAAAUUUUUAUCUCCUAGUGAUAAUGUUUGAAUUGAAUCUCAUUACUCUUUUGAAAUAGCACAUACAUUUGUUUUCUUAAUUUUGCAGUUUUUAGUGUUUAAUUCCCUUCACAUAGUUUGGCAGCUUGCAUCCUACCAUCUCGUCUACCAGUUGUUCAACGUUGGCCAAAGAGAAUGGGUAGUGGACACAUUAUGAAGGUCAGUGGCUUUUGGGCGAGCAAUGCCUUGGCCAAUGAAGUUGGGUAUUUGACCUAUUUAAUGUGCCGGAUUGAGAGGAGCAUAAUGACUUCAACUUUGAUGAAGCCGUGCCUCUCGGUAGAGAAAUAUCACAUCUCCUUCUCGACCGAUGGCAACUAGGUUCCACUGUUGGUCGCUGGGUGUUGACCCAUUAGCUUUGCUCUAACAACCCCUUGAGAGUUUGUAGGAUGAGUAGGAUUUUGUCUUACAACUCCUGUGAGAGCUGCGGAGCUGCCUUCUUAUCAUUAGGACCCGCUUGUUGAAACAAACAUUUUGUCUUGUAUGCAAGUAAUUACUAUCGUAUAUCUUAGUUGAGAUUCAAAUUUAUUUACUCCCCCCCGUUCCGUAAAACUUAGCGAACAUUGACUUGCAAGUAAAAUAGUAAAGUAAAC